ACGCGCAGCACCCCGACACAAUGGACCCGGCUCAGGCCGCUCAGAUAAGCGAGGAGGUGGCCGAGAAGCUGCUGCUGUACCGGCGAGACACGUCAGGCUGGAAGAUUUGCCGGGAAGGCAAUGGAGUUUCGGUUUCCUGGAGGCCAUCUGUGGAGUUUCCAGGGAACCUGUACCGAGGGGAAGGUAUUGUGUCUGGAUCCCUGGAGAAAGUGUGGAACUGUGUGAAGCCUGAAGCUGGAGGCCUGCGAGAGAAGUGGGAUGAGAACGUGAAGAGUUUUGAAAUUAUUGAAAACCUCACUGAUACCCUGUGUGUCAGCAGAACCUCCACCCCCUCAGCUGCCAUGAAGAUUAUCUCCCCCAGAGAUUUUGUGGACCUGGUGCUCAUCAAAAAGUAUGAGGAUGGGACCAUCAGUACCAAUGCUACCAAUGUUGAACACCCUUCGUGUCCUCCGAGGCCAGGUUAUGUGAGAGGAUUUAACCACCCUUGUGGUUGCUUCUUUGAACCUCUACCAGGGGAGCCCGACAAGACCCGCGUGAUCACAUUCUUCCACACCGACCUCAGCGGUUACCUCCCACAGACCGUAGUGGACUCCUUCUUCCCACGCAGCAUGGCAGGAUUCUACGCCAACCUUCAGAAAGCAGUGAAGACAUUCCAUGACUGA